AUGCCGACACUCGGAUUUCUAAAGAAGAAACGGACGAAGGAGUCUCCGGGCAUAACCUCUCCAAUUUCAAGUCAAGCCACAAGUCCGAUAACCCCCACAUCAUCAAGAGGCUUCGAUAAUUCAAUAGCUUCUAUCUCUACUCAAUCUACCUUGCCCCAAUACCACGAGCAAGAGGUCCGUCAAACUACAACCUCCCGCACACCCUCCCAGCCUACUGGCGUGGGCAAAAAAGGCUCAAUGACACACGGAAUAACUCAACAGCAGCAAUCUGCGCAUAUACAUUCAGGACAGCAACAGCAUCGUCAAAAUUCACCAAGCAUUAGCAACUUGAUUCAUCCACCACAGCAUGACGGCGCGAGCCAGUCGUAUCCAACCCCACCAACCUCCUCGCAAGCUUCGCUACAUCCUGUAGCUGGUAACACCAACACAAUCCAAAUGGAUGCUUCUCAGCGGCAUUCGCAGCAACCACAGCAGCAGCCCCAAAUUAGACAAACUAAGGGCAAAUAUUCAUUGACCGACUUCGAAAUUUUGCGCACACUGGGUACUGGGAGUUUCGGGCGAGUUCAUUUGGUUCAAUCGAAGCACAAUCAGCGAUACUAUGCCGUAAAGGUAUUGAAGAAGGCCCAGGUACACAAGAUGAAGCAGGUCGAACAUACCAAUGACGAGAGAAGGAUGUUACAAGAAGUCAAGCACCCAUUUCUCAUCACUCUCUGGGGUACAUUUCAGGAUUCGAGGAAUUUAUACAUGGUUAUGGACUUUGUUGAGGGGGGUGAAUUAUUUUCUUUACUGAGAAAAUCACAAAGAUUCCCCAACCCAGUGGCCAAGUUUUAUGCCGCUGAAGUUACCCUGGCCCUUGAAUACCUUCAUUCAAAGCAGAUCAUCUAUCGGGAUCUGAAGCCAGAGAAUUUACUUCUUGACAGGCACGGACAUCUCAAGAUUACUGAUUUUGGGUUUGCAAAAAAGGUCCCAGAUAUCACAUGGACAUUGUGUGGAACUCCGGAUUACUUAGCACCAGAAGUAGUCUCAAGUAAAGGUUAUAAUAAGUCCGUAGACUGGUGGUCACUUGGUAUAUUGAUCUUUGAAAUGCUUUGUGGUUUCACACCAUUUUGGGAUGGUGGUUCUCCUAUGAAAAUUUAUGAGAACAUUCUCAAGGGAAGGGUCAAAUAUCCUCCCUACAUUCAUCCAGAUGCACAAGAUUUAUUACAACGAUUGAUCACAGCGGAUCUCACCAAACGCCUUGGCAACUUGCAUGGGGGCUCUGAGGAUGUUAAAAAUCAUCAAUGGUUCGCUGAAGUAACUUGGGAAAGGUUAUCCAAAAAGGAUAUCGAUGCACCUUAUGUUCCUCCCGUCAAGGCCGGAGUUGGAGAUGCUAGUCAGUUUGAUAAGUACCCCGAAGAAACGGAGGUAUAUGGACAAAGUGGGACUGAUGAAUUUGGGCACCUAUUCCCCGAUUUUUAA